AUGUCGACGCCUCCACCACCAAAUCCUGAUGCUCCCCUCACUGGCGCUGCUCGCUCGGUCAACCGCCAAGGCCUCAUUAUCAUUGUCUGGAUAUGCUUCACAAUCGCUACACUCUUUGUAUCACUACGGCUCUUCGUUCGAUGGCAUCAGAACCGACGCUUUCUUGCCGACGACUACUGGAUCACCUGGGCAUGGCUAUGUACCCUCACCAUGGCUAUACUGCAGACCGAGCAGAUGGAUCCUCUGUGGUAUAUGACCUACCUCCAGGCCGGUCGCAUCGCCUACGAUCCGAAAGAGCUUGAGUUCCAACGCAGUCAAAUCACUCGAUGGCAGUUCCCCAUCAUCAAGCUGUUUUGGGUCAUCUUGUGUGCUCUUACGUGCAAUCCCCCUUCCAACUACUUCCAUGGUGACUGUGACUCUCCCCAAGAACAAUGGAGACAGUCCUUCAACGUCAUCUUCUCCACGACCGUCGACAUCAUAACCGACCUUAUGAUCAUGGCGCUCCCGAUCGCAGUCCUUCCCUCUUUACAACUGGACAAGAAGAAAAAGAUUGGACUUGGCAUUGCGUUCUCCCUGGGUAUAAUCAUCAUCUGCGUCGCCAUUGUCCGCAUGUCACAAGUCAUCGUCGGCAAGAAAGUCGACCUUGUGGGAUUGGCUAUUUGGGGCGCAGUGGAAACGGCAACGGCUCUAGUCGUUGGCUCACUACCAGCACUCAAAGGCUUACUGACACGAGGCAUCAAGAAGUACGCGACAUCGAGGAGUGGAAGGACAGAUCCGGCUGAUUACGACAGCCGGAGCUCACAGCGCCGUCGAGGUCAUGGAUCAGUAAUCACCCCUCGGGCCAUUGUCGUUUCUGACUGCAUCCCUCUAGAUGGCCUCCAUCAUAGUGGGCAGGUUGGCGGGGGCAUCUACGUGCAUAAGACAUUCACGACUGCUACAGAGAGGGAUGAUAAUUCUUCACAGGGUGAGGGAGAUGAGACAGCUAUAGUGAGAGCGACAGCAAAAUAA